AUGCAUUCAGCUCUCUCUCUUUCCUUCUCACAGGCGUCACUUCCUUUACCGAAUCGUCCGCUCUGUUCAUUGAACGCCGCUCCUUCUACGCCGAGGAGUCUCCGGUUCUGUGGACUCCGGCGGGAGGCGUUCGGUUUCUCCCCUUCGAAGCAGCUGACCUCAUGCCGUUUCCAAAUUCAUAGUAGGAGGAUCGAAGUCUCUGCCGCUGCUUCUUCUUCUUCCUCCGCUAAUGGCAAUGGAGCUACGUCGAAAUCGUUCGAUUAUGAUUUGGUCAUUAUCGGAGCUGGAGUUGGCGGCCACGGAGCUGCAUUGCACGCCGUUGAGAAGGGACUCAAAACUGCAAUCAUUGAAGGAGAUGUUGUGGGAGGGACUUGCGUCAACAGAGGGUGCGUGCCUUCCAAAGCUCUCCUUGCUGUUAGUGGUAGGAUGCGGGAGCUCCAGAACGAACAUCACAUGAAGGCAUUUGGUUUGCAGGUUUCAGCUGCCGGUUAUGACCGUCAGGGUGUGGCUGACCAUGCGAGUAACCUGGCUACCAAGAUUAGAAAUAACCUCACCAAUUCAAUGAAGGCACUUGGUGUUGACAUAUUGACAGGCUUUGGCUCUGUUCUGGGGCCACAAAAGGUUAAAUAUGGAAAGGUCGGUUUCCCUGACAAUAUUAUCACCGCCAAAGAUAUAAUCAUUGCAACUGGAUCUGUACCCUUUGUCCCGAAAGGAAUUGAAGUUGAUGGAAAGACUGUUAUCACAAGUGACCAUGCAUUGAAAUUGGAGUCUGUUCCUGAAUGGAUUGCGAUAGUAGGAAGUGGUUAUAUCGGUCUUGAGUUCAGUGAUGUUUACACGGCCCUUGGAAGUGAGGUAACAUUUAUUGAGGCUCUGGAUCAGCUUAUGCCUGGAUUUGAUCCUAAGAUCAGUAAGCUGGCUCAAAGGAUCACUCCAGCAAAAGAUGGAAGACCAGUUAUGAUUGAGCUUAUUGAUGCCAAAACCAAGGAACCCAAAGAUACUUUGGAGGUGGACGCUGCUCUUAUUGCUACAGGAAGAGCUCCAUUCACCAGUGGUCUUGGCCUGGAAAAUAUCAAUGUAGCGACGCAAAGAGGUUUUAUACCAGUUGAUGAGCGGAUGCGUGUAAUCGAUGGGAAUGGAAAGCUGGUUCCACACUUGUACUGCAUCGGCGAUGCCAACGGUAAAAUGAUGCUCGCUCAUGCUGCCAGUGCCCAAGGAAUUUCUGUGGUGGAGCAAGUCACAGGUAGAGAUCGUGUGCUUAAUCAUCUUAGCAUCCCAGCUGCUUGUUUUACUCAUCCGGAAAUCAGCAUGGUGGGAUUAACAGAGCCUCAAGCGAGAGAAAAAGCUGAGAAAGAGGGAUUUAAAGUAAGUAUUGCCAAGACAAGUUUCAAGGCAAACACAAAGGCCCUUGCUGAAAAUGAAGGAGAAGGAAUCGCCAAGAUGAUAUACAGACCUGACAAUGGUGAAAUCCUUGGAGUUCAUAUAUUUGGAUUGCAUGCUGCUGAUCUGAUCCAUGAAGCAUCUAACGCCAUCGCUUUAGGAACACGCCUUCAGGACAUAAAACUUGCGGUUCAUGCACAUCCUACGCUUUCUGAAGUUGUUGAUGAACUGUUUAAAGCUGCCAAGGUCGAAAGUACAGCUUCAACAACGGCACAAAGUGUAAAAGUCGCUGUUUAA